AUGGAGGACGGGACGAUUCUGGGCCCACGAUCACACCAGAAGGAACAUGGGUCAACUCGACGUUUAGGGCAGACCACAUUCGCUGCAACCUCAGCAUUCCAGAACAAAGCGCAGAGUUCUAGGCUCAUGACAACUUCCAAGGAUUCUGAACAUGCGCGAUGCGAGGUCGGGAGUCUUAGCGACGACCUGGAGUUACUCCUGGACUUCCUUGGCCCUGGCUGGUUGACGCCCGUCGCAGAGCUCGUCGAUUGUUUUGAGAUUGCCGUGGCCCAGGGAAUUUCCUCCAACGAGAUGAGAAAACGUGGACCGUCCUCGUCAGAGAUAUGGCAUCGAACUGCAAACGUCGACUCCCAACGACUGAUAUACUUCCCAAAAUCUCAAUUGCUGACGAGCAACGGAACCCCCAGCCGGUCACGCUUGGAGUUGCCACACUGGGUUUGGGCUUUGGGGCAGUCACCGUCACACCCGCUGACACUGAGAUCAAACUACGACUGCAUCAAGCAAGGGCAGGCGGCUCAACUUGGUCUCCAUUACCGAACAGAUCUCACGGCAGCAGCAAACUCCAUGCGCAACUCUCACAAGAGAGCUGAAAAGAACCGUAGAGAUCGUCUAGCGCUCGCGAUGCAAGAGCUUGUCAUGCUACUUCCACAAAAGUCCUCGACCUCAAACUCGUCGGGCAAUCAACGUGGUGGUAAAGCCGAGACCGUCGAGAUCGCCGUGCAAUACAUCAAACAGUUACAGGAAGAAGUCAAUGCCUUGAAGCGCCUUGCUCUGUCACCUUCGAUAUCGAGGACCUGUCUUCAUGAUAACACCACAGCACAAGAUCAAUAA